AUGGCCGCGUCUGGCUCUACCCGCCGCCGCUCUCAAUGGCCGGAUCUCCCGGCAGAGCUGCUGGGCCUCGUGCUCAUGCGGCUUUCGUCGCACGCCGACCGCGUCCGCCUACCCGUCGUGUGCUGCGCAUGGUGCUCGGCCGCAAGGCUGCAGCACCCGCUGCUCCCUUGGCUAGCCCUCCCCGACGGCACCUUCCUCAGCCUCCCUGAUGGCGCCGUUCACCGUUUGCCCGUCCCGGACGACGUCUUCUUCGGAUUCUCAGCCGGAGGUGCGCUCUUCCUCAUGCAUGAAGACGGCAUCUUCUCCCUGGUGUGCCCUUCCUCCGUUGCGACCGUCGAUCUUCCCGAGCCACGCACAACAUGCAUGGCGUGGACGUCGCCUGCGCACAAAUCCAUCGCCAACAUUGCACUCUUCCAAGGGAAGCUCUAUGUCCUUACCAGAGAAGAGGAGCUACAUGUCCUGGACGCCGGGGAUCCGCACAUCACAAACAUCUGCUGCAUACACAAAACACUGACCCCGAGCCCUGAAGAUCAUGACCUCGACCGUAUAUGGAACUGUGAUUAUUAUGGCCCUGACAUGCACAUACGACCGGACUACCUCGUCGUGGCCGGAAAUCAGCUACUGAGGGUGGAACUAACUACCAUUAUACCAGCAACAAUAUGUCAGCCAUGGACUUACCAGUUCCAUGUCUACGAAGCGGCAGACCUGAGCUGCGGCGAUGGACGGUGGAGGGAUGUCAGUACGUUGAUGGGGGCGUGCACUCUUCGUCAGCCAAAGCUGCUCUGA